AUGCCUCUCGCAUCAACAUGUCUGCCUUCAGGUGAAUGGUCACCUCUGCCUACGUGUAAUGCCCGAUUGCAAUGUGCAGAAGAAUCCCUUCCUAUGGAAGUAAGUUUCAUCGAUCCCACUUGCAAAGCAUCCCAAAAUAAAUUUUGUGAAGUUGGUUGUCGAGUUUACACUUAUGUACCGAACGUCAAAAUAUAUCCUCAAAUAAUUGUUUCCAUUAAAAAAGCUUACUGUGGAUCAUCUGGAAGCUGGAAAAAUUUACCACAUUGCCGAAAUGCAAAAAUUCAUUUUUGGGAUGACAGAAUAAAGAAUUCCCAAUGUCCUGAGCCAAAGCUUGAUGAGAACAGUUUGAUAGAAAGCAAUUGCUUCAGAAAUGAAGGUUCGGUGUGUCUGAUAAAGUGUAAAAAGGGUUACGGACCAGAAGGUUGGCACGAACUACAAUGCGUGAAAAAGAAGUGGGUUACUAAACUUCAUUGUGUUCUCAGAGAGAAGUGCCCGCCUUUACCGAAAUACUUGGUCUUUACUUGUGACUGCAAACAGAGUACAGGAUCUGUCUGUCAAGUAGAAUGUAGAGAGGGGAUAUUACAAGGAAAUAGCACAGUGCAUUGUUCUCAGUUGUCUAAAUGGAUGGGACUUCCUCGCUGCUUACCUGAAAACUUUUACAGAACGUCUAAUUGUAACAGAAAUCACUUGCAUCCUUACAUACAAUUUGUAGAUAAAUGUACUUUUAAAGAAAGGGAAAGAUGUCAAGUAAGAUGCAUUAAUCAGUUUGUACUCAUAGGACAGAACUUUAUCAUUUGUUAUAAAAGUCGAUGGAUUAAUGUUCCCGAAUGUUUUCCGAAUGAGCUCUCUCCUUAUAAAUUGUUCAGCAUGCGGUGCGCGUUUCCUCCCCCGAUUCCUGGAAAUGUAAGGAUAACAGGGAUUUGUAGUCCUAAUGUUGGUAUAAGCUGCAACCUCACUUGUCGUGAUAAUCCGACAGCUAAAAUUUCGGGACCGAACGCAACUACCUGUCUUUUUCCCGGGCUUUGGAGCAAAGUAAAACCUUGCGAAGGAGGUAAAACUUACUGCCCCGCUCCUAUCUUACCGAAGCAUUUAGAGGUUAUUAGUGAUUGCUCUGGCGUUGAAACAAAUUCAGAAUGUAACAUUCGCUGCAAGCAACGCAAAGAACUUAAUUUCACUUUGAUCUGUCGAAGUAUUGCGGGAUGGAAUAGAUAUCCAAAUUGCCCAUGCCCUCCUCCGUCCAUUCAAGAUCCUUUAUUACUGAAGGAAAAAUGUAAUUUGAAAUAUCCAGGAGAAAGGUGUCAUUUAAAAUGCAAGCGUGGGUAUGCCUUAGAACAAACCACGACUAUCAGAUGCUUAGAUCAAUUAGAAUGGACUGCCUUCCCUGUGUGUACGAAAUUACUUUGUCCGAAACCAAAGUUGACCGCCUCUUUGACUUUUCAUGAAAAUUGUGCAUCAAAAAUGUCCGGUGAGUACUGUCAGCUUGAAUGCCGAGAAAGGGGUCUAUUCGUAAAGGAAGAUAAAAUUAAAUGCAUUGAUGGAUUAUUUUGGACAGCCUUACCGAAUUGCACUUGUCCACUCCCUAAACUUAGUGAUAAUUUAGAAUUUAUAAGCAACUGUACAAGUGUGAUGCCGUAUAGCACUUGCUCUCUCACUUGUAAGGAAUAUUUUUAUUUAGUUGGACAUCAUUUUAUAACUUGUCAGGAAAACAUGAAAUGGAGCAUUUUACCAAGAUGUAAGAAAAUAACUUGUCCUGAGCCUCUCAUUCCAACAACUAUAUUUUUCAGCGAAGAUUGUACAUCAAAGACAUUUGGUGAACAUUGUUUGUUAAGAUGUCGCUACGGAGGAAAACUGCUAGGAUCGAAUAAAAUUACUUGCAAAAAAGAAAAAAAAUGGUCAUUGUUCCCAAAAUGUGCUUGCCCUCCUCCAGUUUUGAUUGAUUAUUUAUUAUUUGCUGAAAAUUGUUCUACUAAGUUCCCGGGUGAACGUUGCUCUUUAAAAUGUAAAAAGGAAUUCUCCUCUGCGGGAAGUAUUUUCAUACUUUGUCAAAAUGACACAAGAUGGAGUCCUUUUCCAAUGUGUAAACGAAAACCUUGUAUCAAAAACAUUCUGCCAAAAUCAUUAGAAUAUGUUGGAGACUGCGCAGAAUUAUUUCCCGGAGAAAAAUGUGAAGUUGAAUGCAGAGAAGGAGGUAAAAUGCAUGGUGUCAAGUAUAUUCAAUGUAUACAAGGUACUAGUUGGACAGUUCUUCCUGAUUGCUCAUGCCCCAUACCAACUCUGCCAGAUGCUCUAGAAGAAGAUGAAGAUUGUAAAAAUGUGAAAGUGGGAGAGCGUUGUUACUUAAAAUGCAAAAAGACCUUUCGCUUGAAAGGAAAAAACUAUAUUAUUUGCCUAAGUAAUACAAGGUGGUCACCGUUACCAAAAUGUGAAAAAGUGUUCUGUCCAAAACCUAAACUUCCUAAAAGUUUGAUCUUUAAUGAAGAUUGCUCUUUCAAAUCUUUGGGAGAAACAUGCCGCCUUAAGUGUCGUGAAGGGGGUGAUUUUCUUGAACUGAACAUGUUGACUUGUAUAGAAAACGAAGACACUGUUAAAUGGACAUCCUUUCCAAGUUGCACUUGUCCAUCUCCAAUGAUAGAUAAUGAUUUGAAAAUGGUUGAAAAUUGUAAAUUCAAAAUACCUGGGGAAAUUUGCCUUUUAGAAUGUGUAGAGAAUUCAAUUAUUAUUGGCAAAAGUUAUAUUUCUUGCCAAAAUAAUACAAAAUGGAGUAAACUACCGAUAUGUCGUGAAGUAUUUUGCUCCAAGCCAAUACUUCCAAAUGAAUUAAUAUUUCGAGAAGACUGUUCAUCCAAAGUUAUCGGUGAUGCGUGCUCACUCGAAUGCCGUACUGGCGGCAGAACUAUUCAGGAUAGUAAGAUUUAUUGCAUCACUCUUACAACCUGGUCAUCUUUACCAAACUGCUCAUGCCCACCACCUUUUUUCCCACUUAACUUAAACUCGUUAGAAGAUUGUUCGUCGAAACAACCAGGACAAGUUUGCAAAGUCUUUUGCAAAGAAAAAUUUCAUUAUCCGGCUAACAGUCACAUAACUUGUGGAGCAAAUUUUCGUUGGAAUAAUUUUCCUUCCUGCAACCUAAGACAUUGCUCAAAGCCAGUACUACCAAGCUACCUACAGUUCGACGAAGAUUGUUCUAAAAAGAUACCCGGAAAUGCUUGCAGACUUUUGUGCAAAAUGGAAGGAGAAAUCGCUCAUGGUAAUAAAAUUAAAUGCUUGAAACAGCUAAAAUGGACUUCAUUUCCUAUAUGUACAUGCCCGAACCCGAACCUAAGUCCAGGUUUACUCCUAACUGAAACUUGCUCAUUCAAAACUCCCGGAGAAAUUUGUUUGAUUGAAUGUCAGAAAAAUUUGGAGCUUUACGGAAAAAAUUUUGUUAUGUGCCGAAACAAUUUUAAAUGGACAAUAGAACCUAAAUGCUUAAAAAGAAAUUGCUCUAAGCCUAAUUUGCCUAGUCACCUAAUGUUUAAAGAGAACUGUUCUUCCAAAGGUGUGAAAGAAAGAUGCGAAUUAUUGUGCAAGCAUGGUGGUACGAUGAAGGGGGAAAAUUACAUUGAAUGCUACUCUUCACUGAAAUGGUCUGAAUUUCCCAUCUGCUUCUGUCCCUUUCCAAAACUAAAUGAAAAACUAAAAUUUCUAGAUAAUUGUUUUAAUAAAAGUGCAGGUGAUAAAUGUCUUUUGAAAUGUAAAUCCAGGUUGAAAACUUCGGAGAUCGUUUCAAUUUAUUGCCAAGAGAAGGGAUCUUGGACAAGCUUACCAAUAUGUUCAAACACAACAUGCUCUACUCCUAAUCUGACAAACUCGAUAGUUUUGAAAGAAAAUUGUUCGGCGAAAUAUGUGAAUGAAAUAUGCAGAUUAAAGUGCGAAGAUCCAUUCAUGAUUUUAGGAAAAGAUUUCAUUGAAUGCCAAGAUGAUGCAACGUGGAGCACGUUGCCACGAUGCAUAGAAAGGAUGUGUUCUGAACCCGUAUUUAGUAGAAGUGUUUUAACUUUAAAAGGAGCUUGUUUGAAAAAAGUGGGUUCGUUUUGUGUUUUAAGCUGCAAAUUGGGAGGUGAAAUUAUUGGAGACAGUAAGAUUGUGUGUUUAAAUAACUAUACUUGGAGCACUCUGCCAGAUUGUACCUGUCCAUCACCACUUUUAAAAAAUAAUUUAAAGGGUAACUGUUCUUAUACUAGGCGCGGACAAAAAUGCAAUCUUUACUGUGAAUAUGGCUUGCAACUUGAAGGGUCGGAUUUUAUUACUUGUCAAAAUGAUACUAAUUGGAGUUCUCAACCUUUUUGUAUCCGCAAAACAUGCCCAAAACCUGAAAUACCAGAAGCAAUAUUGCAACUGGAAGAAAAUUGCUCAUCCAAAUACGUAGGAGAUAGCUGUAAAAUUUCUUGCAAACAAGGAGGUAAAUUGAUUGGAAGCAAAUUCAUAAAAUGUCAUAAUAAUUCUGAAUGGAGCACAUUACCAGACUGCAGCUGUCCUGAGCCGCAACUCACAGAUGAAGUAGAAAUUAAAGACAAUUGCACUUUUAAAAAAAGGGGCGAAAUUUGCAAAAUUAGUUGCAAGAACAAUAUGAGAUUAAUCGGGAAGGAAUCAAUUACAUGCCUUAACGACACACAAUGGACACCAUUGCCGUUCUGCCAAUUGUUAAACUGCUCUGUUCCUCAACUCCAUUCUUAUCUGACUUUAAAGGAAAAAUGUUCUUCUUCAAAUGAAGGGGAAUCGUGUGAGUUAAUAUGUGUUAACAAAGGAACAUUACUUGGAAAUCAUACGAUAAAAUGUACAGAUGGAAAAACGUGGAGUCAGUUUCCUGACUGCACAUGCCCACCAUUGAUUUUAAACGAAAGUUUAGUAGCUGAAGAUGGUUGCGGGCAUAAAAAAAGGGGUGAAAACUGCACCAUUUCCUGUAAAGAAAACAGUAAGAUGUUGGGGCAGAAUUUAAUAACGUGUCUUGAAAAUGCUGAAUGGUCGCAAUUACCAAAAUGUGUUUCAGUUUGUCUUAAUCCUGAAUUUCCCGAAUAUUUGGAAACAAAUGACAAUUGCUCUUCGAAACAUGUUGGUGAAAGAUGUGAGACAACGUGUAAGCAAGGAGGUAAAAUGAUUGGUAACAAUACAAUUGAGUGCUUAGUGAACCAGUUAUGGAGUCCGUUUCCUGAAUGUUUGUGUCCCUCUCCGUUUUUAGGUGACGAUUUAGAAGUGGUAGAUAAUUGCGACGAGAAGAAAAUUGGAGAUAUUUGCAAAGUUAAAUGCAUUGGCUACAGAAAAUUGAAAGAUGGUGAGUUUUUGACGUGCCUAAACAACACUAAGUGGUCAAUGCUACCUAAAUGUGCUUCGAUCUGCUCCGAGAUAAUACUUCCUGCGCACUUAGCUUUUAACGGAAUUUGUGAUUCGAAAACAAUAAAUGAAACAUGUAGUGUGAAAUGUAUGCAUGAGGGAAAACUUCUCGAAAAUGCUACUGUAAAAUGCCUAACGGAAAAUGAAUGGAGUGCCUUACCUAAUUGCACCUGUCCACCACCGCUAUUAACGGGAGGUGUUGUAAAUAAAACUGAUUGUAACGAAAAGAAGAAAGGUGAAAUUUGCGAACUUAUGUGCAGAAAAAAUAAGAAAAUGAUAGGAAAAAAUUUUAUUAUGUGUUUAGAAAAUAUAACGUGGUCUAUCUCACCGAAGUGUGAUAUGAUAAUAUGCGCAGAACCCAAACUUCCAACAUAUCUAAGUUUCAAAGGAGACUGCUUUUCGAAAGAAAUCGGAGAAUUGUGCGAAGUAGAAUGCAAUCAAAAUGGCUUACUCCUCGGUGACACCAAAAUCAGGUGCAUGGCAGAGAAUACGUGGAGUGAAUACCCCACAUGCGCCUGUUCAAAACCAAACCUAACAGAGUAUCUGAAGACCGAAGAAAACUGUGAUUCGAAGAAAGUAAAUGAACAAUGUAAAAUGACUUGUAUGGAAAAUAAACGAAUGCUGGGUGAAGAUUUAUUAACCUGUCAGGAAAAUGCUACUUGGACAAUGUUGCCGAAAUGUGUAGCUGUAUGCUUUGAACCUACACUUCCCAAGUAUUUAAGAGUUGAAGGAAAUUGUUCUUCUAUCAUAGUGGGGGGUACAUGUGAAGUUGAGUGCGUUCAAAAGGGACAAAUUCUAGGAAAUUCUUCAUUAAGAUGCAUAGCGGAGAAAGAAUGGAGCCCACCUCCGAUUUGCACCUGUCCACCACCCCCACUAGCAGGCGGUGUUAUAAAUAUAGAAGAUUGUAAUAAAAAGAAAAUCAGUGAUACUUGUAAAGUUAAAUGUAGGGAAAAUAGUAAACUCUCUGGAAACAAUUUCUUAACAUGUUUAGAAGAUACUACUUGGUCAUCUUUGCCUAAAUGCGAUAUGAUAACAUGUGUGAUCCCUGUGCUGCCCGAAUAUUUGUCAUUCAAAGGGGACUGUUUUUCGAAACUCGUAAAGGAAUCUUGCGAGGUGCAAUGUCAUCAAAAUGGCAGCAUUAUUGGAAACAAUCUAAUAACAUGCCUAAGUGAUCAAGAGUGGAGUGAGUAUCCAGACUGCACAUGCCCUUUGCCACAUUUAUCUGAAGAUUUCUCGGCAACAGAAAAUUGUAGUUCCAAGAAAAGGGGAGAUACCUGUAGGAUUAAGUGUAAAGGUACUAAGAAAUUAAUAGGACAAAACUUUCUGACGUGCUUAGAAAAUAGAAAAUGGUCAUCCUCUCCUAUAUGUGCUUUCUUGUGUUCAACUCCUAAACUACCCAAAUAUUUAACUUUUAAUAGCAAUUGUUCUUCAAAAGUUGUAAACGAUUCUUGCGAGGUAAGCUGCUCACAAAAUGGUAGUAUUUUAGGAGAGCCUGCAAUAACAUGUUUAAGUGAAAAAAAUUGGAGCAAAUGGCCAGACUGUACUUGUCCAGCCCCACUUUUACCAGCGGAUCUCAAAACUGCUGAAAAAUGUAAUUUAAAAAAACACGGAGACAGCUGCAAAACUGAAUGCAGUGGUAACCAGAGAAUAAUUGGACAAAGCUCUUUGAUGUGUCAAGAAAGUAGGAAAUGGUCAAUAUUGCCAAAAUGUGCUCAAAUAUGUCCUGUACCCGUACUUCCAGAUUAUUUGGAACUAAAUGGAAAUUGUUCUUCCAAAGUUGUUAACGAAACUUGCGAAGUGAGUUGUACGCAGAAACGUCACCUUCUCGGUAAUAAUACAAUAAGAUGUAUCCCAAAUAAUAAAUGGAGUUCUCUACCAAAUUGCACAUGUCCCCCACCCUCUCUGAAGGGAGGUGUCAUAAGCACAGAGGAUUGUAAUAAAAAGGAAAUUGGCGAAUCUUGUAAAGUUGGUUGUAGGCGACAAAGCAAAAUGACAGGCAACAAUUACUUGACUUGUUUACCAAACAUGGAAUGGUCUUCGUUACCAAAGUGUGAUAUCAUAACUUGCUCCAAUCCUACUCUUCCUUCUUAUCUAGCUUUCAAGGGAGGUUGCUAUUCUAAAUUAAUUGGAGAAUCUUGCGAAGUACAGUGUGAGCAAAAAGGUAGUAUCUUGGGGAAAACGGUGAUAACAUGUGUGAGUGAGCAGGAAUGGAGCCAACUUCCUGAUUGCACUUGCCCAUCCCCAGUAUUACAGAAGCAUCAUUUAGAGAUGAUAGAUGUCUGUGAUUUAAAGAAAAAAGGAGACCUUUGUAAAGUUCGUUGUAAAGGAAAUAAAAAAUUAGUAGGAUCUAAUAUUUUGACGUGCAGAGAAAAUAGAAAAUGGUCAUCCCUACCAGUUUGUACCUCAAUAUGUUCGGUACCUCAACUUCCGAAAUACUUGGCUUUUUCUGGCAAUUGUUCUUCAAAAAUUGUCGGUGAAUCCUGUAGAGUAAAAUGCACACAAAAUGGUACUAUGAUUGGAUCAAAUCUGAUAACUUGCUUAAGUGAAAAUAGCUGGAGCAAACCUCCAGAAUGUACUUGCUCAGCUCCAGUUUUAACAGAGAAUUUAAGUGCAUCAGUUAGUUGCAAUACCAAAAGUAUAGGUGAUAUUUGUAAAGUUAGUUGCAUGGAAAAUACUAGAUUGGUAGGAAAAAGUAUUUUGACAUGUGAAAAUAACGCCUCGUGGUCACCAGCACCAAUUUGUGCUUCAGUGUGCUCUGUACCUAAACUUCCACUCUAUUUAAAGCUGGAAGACAGCUGCUCUUCUCAAAUAAUCGGUGAAACGUGCAGAGUAAAAUGCCUUCAAAAUAGACACAUUAUUGGAAAUCCCUCUAUAAAGUGCUUAACACAGACUAGUUGGACUUCACUACCAACUUGCACUUGCCCUCCACCAUAUUUUACGGGAGGUGUAAUAAAUUUAGGUGAUUGCAAUAAAAAGAAGGAAGGAGAAGUCUGUCAUGUUAAGUGUAGAGAAAACAGCAAACUUAAGGGCAAUAAUUAUUUGAUCUGUUUGAAAAAUGCAACCUGGUCAGCGCAACCAAAAUGCGAUUUGAUAACAUGUUCAAAUCCAAAACUUCCUCAUUAUUUGACGAUCAAAGGAAAUUGCUUUUCUAAAUUCAAAGGAGAAUCCUGUGAGUUACGCUGCAAUCAAAAUGGAAAUAUUGUCGGGAAAGCUGUGAUAACAUGCCUGAGCGAGCACGAAUGGAGCGAACUUCCUGAUUGUACUUGCCCACCUCCACAUUUAUCACGUGAUUUAGAAACUCUAACUCUAUGCGAUUUUAAGAAAAAAGGAGAGUCAUGUGAAUUGAAAUGUUAUCAAAAUAAGAGAUUAAUAGGACAGAGUACUUUGAUGUGUCAAGAAAACAGAAAAUGGUCCUCACUGCCUACUUGUGCUACUUUAUGCUCUAGGCCUAAACUUCCAAAAUACUUGAGUCUAAAAGAGAGUUGCUCGUCGAAAAUUGUAAAGGAAUUUUGCGAAGUAAAAUGUGCCCAAAAUGGUAAUAUUAUUGGUAAAAACUUAAUAACAUGCGUAAGUGAGAAUAAUUGGGGUAAAUACCCAGAAUGCACUUGCCCAACUCCAACAAGUUUUAUAACAGCAAACUUAAAAGUAAUGGCUAAUUGUGAUAACAAAAAAAUGGGAGAAAUUUGUAAUGUUAGUUGUAAAGGAAAUAAAAGAUUGUUAGGACAAAGUUCUUUAACCUGCCGAGAUGAUGCUACAUGGUCUCAUCCUCCAACUUGUGUUUCAGUUUGCUCCGUACCCAAACUUCCAAAUUAUUUACAGUUAGAAGGAGAUUGUUCCAAUCAAAUCAUCGGAGAAACUUGUAAAGUGAAUUGUGUUCAAAGUAGACACAUUAUCGGAAAUCCUUUGAUAAAAUGUUUAACGCAGACUAAUUGGAGCGUACUACCAACCUGUACGUGCCCACCACCAUCUUUCAGAGGAGGUAUUUUGAAUUUAGAAGAUUGUAAUAAAAAGAAAAUAGGGGAUGUUUGUAGAGUUAGUUGCAGAAAAAAUAGUAAAAUGACGGGGAAUAAUUUCUUGACGUGUUUGAAUGAUGCUACUUGGUCUUUGCAGCCAACGUGUGAUUUGAUAACAUGUCGAAAUCCGACACUUCCUGCUUAUUUGACUGUGAAGGGAAAUUGCUUCUCGAAGCUCAUUGGCGAGUCUUGUGAGGUACAGUGUUCUCAAAAUGGCAGAAUAAUUGGAAGAGCUGAGGUUGCAUGCUUGAAUGAACAUGAAUGGAGUAAAAUUCCAGAUUGCACUUGCCCCCCACCACACCUAUCAGGAGAUUUAAAAGCAAAUAGUGUCUGUAAUUAUAAGAAAAAGGGUGAUACAUGUGAAAUCAGUUGUAAAGAGAAUAAAAGAAUAAUAGGAGAGAAUAUAUUGACUUGCCAAGAUAACAGAAAAUGGUCUUCACAACCAAAAUGUGUCUCCAUAUGCUCUAAGCCUAAAAUUCCAAGCUAUUUAGAGCUUGAAGGAAAAUGCUCUUCUCAGAUCAUUGGCGAAACUUGCAAAGUUAAUUGUGUUCAAAAUAGAAAGAUUAUCGGAAAUCCUUCCAUAAAGUGUUUAACACAGACUAGUUGGACUUCACUACCAACGUGCACAUGCCCUCCACCUUCUUUAAGAGGAGGAGUUCUUAAUUCAGAAAAUUGUAAUGAAAAGAAAAUAGGCGAAAUCUGUAGAGUUAGUUGCAAAAAAAAUAGUAAAAUGACUGGAAACAACUUUUUGACUUGUUUGGAAGACGCUACCUGGACAUCACAGCCUAAGUGCGAUUUGAUAUCUUGUUCAAGUCCUAAACUUCCUAUUUAUUUGUCUAUCAAGGGAAUUUGUGUUUCCAAAUUCAUUGGGGAAACGUGUGAAAUACGAUGUACUCAAAAUGGUAAUAUUAUUGGAGCAGCCGUGAUAACAUGCUUGAGUGAGCAUGACUGGAGCGAAUUUCCAGAUUGCGCUUGCUCACAACCUCAUUUAUCAGUGGAUUUGGAAACAAAAAAGAGUUGCGAUUCCAAGAAAAAGGGUGAUGUUUGUGAAAUUAGAUGUAAAGAGAAUAAAAGACUAAUAGGACAGAAUACUCUAACCUGUCAAGAAAAUAGAAAAUGGUCACCACAACCAAAAUGUGCCUCAAUAUGCUCGAAGCCUAAUCUUCCCAAAUACUUGAUUCUAAAGGACGCUUGUUCAGCUAAAAUUGUUGGGGAAUCUUGUCAAGUAAAGUGCGCACAAAAAGGUAAUAUCGUUGAAACAAAUUUAAUUACAUGCCUGAGUACAAAUGACUGGAGUAAAUACCCAGAAUGCACUUGCCCAUCGCCUUCUUUAACGGCAAACUUGAGAGCAACAGUGAAUUGUGAUCACAAAAAAAUAGGAGACGUUUGUAGUGUUAGUUGUGUUGGAAAUAAAAGAUUGGUUGGCCAGAAUGUAUUGAAAUGUCAGAGUGAUGCCUUAUGGUCGAAAUCUCCAACUUGUGCUUCAGUAUGCUCUGCGCCAAAACUUCCGCCUUAUUUGAAGUUUGAAGGAAACUGUACUUCUCAAAUCAUCGGAGAAUCUUGCAAAGUGAAUUGCGCUCAAAAUAGGCAUGUAAUCGGAAACCCUUUGAUAAAAUGUUUAACACUGACUCAUUGGACAGUACUACCUACCUGUACGUGUCCACCGCCAGCAUUAAGAGGAGGUGUUAUAAAUUUAGAAGAUUGUAAUGAAAAGAAAAUAGGUGAAGUUUGUAGAGUCAGUUGUAGAAAAAAUAGCAAAAUGACGGGGAACAAUUUCUUGACAUGCUUGGAAGGUGCUAACUGGUCUUUACAACCCAAGUGCGAUUUAAUAACAUGUUUGAAUCCGAGACUUCCAGUAUUUUUGGCUAUAAAAGGAAAUUGUUUCUCAAAGCUCAUCGGUGAAUCUUGUGAAGUACAGUGUUCUCAAAAUGGCAGUAUAAUUGGAAGAAACGUAAUAACAUGUUUGAGUGAGCAUGCAUGGAGCACAUUUCCAGACUGCACUUGCUCUCCACUUCUUCUAUCGAGUGAUUUAAAGACAAAGGAUAAUUGCAAUUUCAAGAAAAAAGGUGAAGUUUGUGAAGUUAGCUGUAAAGGAAAUCAGAAAAUAAUAGGACAAAGCACUUUGACCUGCCAAGAAAACAGAAAAUGGUCCUCUGCCCUACCAAAAUGCUCCUCUAUGUGUUCGGAACCUAAACUUCCUGCCUAUUUGAAUCUUAGAAGUAAAUGUACUUCAAAAGUGGUUGGCGAAACCUGUCACUUAACUUGUUCGCAAGGCGGGAAACUAAUUGCAAAAUCUCAAAUUCAAUGUUUACUUGGAUCUAAUUGGAGUUCCUUUCCUGAAUGCACCUGUCCGAAUCCCGUACUUCCUAGAAAAUUAAAUAUUGUUGGAAGCUGCGUCGACAAAAAAAGAGGUGAAAUCUGCACCAUAGGUUGUAAACGACACUAUAAAUUAAAAGGUAAUAAUAAAUUGACGUGUGGAGUUAAUGCUAAAUGGAAUUUUCGAGCUCUGUGUGUAACAAGAUGUCGAAAACCUAAACUUCCCUUUUACUUAAUUUUGACAGAGAACUGUUCAUCCAAAGGUGUAGGGGAGUCAUGCAAUGUUAACUGUAGGAAUAAAGAUCAAAUGAUAGGGAAUGCCAAAAUAAUUUGUCAGAAAAUGCACAAAUGGACUUCUUUGCCCGAUUGCUUGUGCCCACCCCCAACAUUCACCAAUGAUUUGGAAGCCGGUGAGAACUGUAACUCCAAAAAAAGGGGGGAUGUUUGCAAGAUUCGAUGUAAAGGAAAUAAGAAAAUAAGAGGACAUAAAACAAUAAUGUGUUUUAACAGCACCAGGUGGUCAUCACUCCGUAGUACUCAAUGUAUGUCCCCAAAAUGUCGAAUGCUCUUUCCACCCUCAUACAUUAAAUUCGAAUCUCCAUGCGUGAAUCCGGUUGUAGGUAAAUCUUGUUCCUUAGUUUGCACCCAACGCGGUAGAAUGAUAGGAAGUAAAGUCAUACGAUGUUUAAGCAACGGCACCUGGACUGCUUUACCUGAUUGCACCUGUCCGCAGCCGAGAAUGAACCCUGAUCUGGAAAUAGUCUCAAGACAGUGUAGAGACCUGCGAAUAGGUAAAUAUUGCCAACUUACUUGUAAGGACAGGAAGAAAAGAAUAGAAGGAGAUGGUAGAAUGAGGUGCCAAAGGAAUGCCCGAUGGCCAAGGUUUCCGAAGUGUCGCACCGUUUGUCCCGAACCUAAGUGGUUCAAAACAUGGCUGAGAAGUGAUUCCACCUGCAAAAAUAUAGCAAUCGGAGAACGUUGCGUACUCAGAUGUAAAUGGGAGAAAGAAGGAUCGAAAUUUAUUCAAGGAAUAAACUACAUGAUAUGUUUACGAAAUCUGACAUGGUCUAAGAUGCCUGAAUGUUACUGUCCCCCACCUGUAAUGCCUGAAGGCAUGGUGUUAGUACAAGAUUGCUCGAAACUGGUAGUAGGAAAUCGAUGCCCCGUGGGGUGCACAGCUGGAUAUCACUUAAAAGAUCCCAGACUGAAUUAUUUAUAUUGCACCAGUUCGACUUCUACUUGGGGACAGUGGCCUGUAUGUCUGAAAACUUAACUUUAUUUGACGAUUUAAAAACUAUACUUUUUGUUAGUCAUUUCAUUCUUCUCACUUUAUAUAAAGCGGUUCAUCACUGAGUGAUAGGAAUCUUAUUAAACGACAUAAAGUGUUGCUAUCGAACAGAACGAUGUAAAUAUUUUUGUGACAAUAAAUGGCUAAAUGGAGAAAACCUAAACAGUGCUUCACAUCACUUGAACUCUUAUGUAGUAAA